UGCUUUCUUCCUACGCCUCUUCUCCAUCUGCCUUUACAUCUCUUUACAACCACUGCCUCUUCCCAAAGGUGAGUAUCGAUGGUCAGCAGAGUGCAUUGCUCGUAGUGCUUGAUGUCCUUCCCACGCUUGUCCCUGACCCACGCAGCUCCAUGCUCUUCACCCGCUUUCCCUGCCGCGUCUCUUCUUCCCUUCGCCCCGUUCUCUCGCACGACGCCUUUCAUCCACACCACUUUGCCCUCGCACCUCGCCCUCAUCUUCGGCCUGCAAGUCUUCGUCAUAUCAGCUUCACACCAGCAAUCAUGAGCUCUGCCACUCCUUACCAGAUCGUCAGCACCGACAAGGCUCCGGCCGCCAUUGGAGCCUACAGCCAGGCUACUGUCCACAAUGGAGUCAUCUACUGCUCCGGCUCUGUGCCCUUCGACCCCAAGACGAUGGAGCUGGUCAAGGGAGAGAUCGAGGCCGAGGUGACUCAGGCCAUGCAGAACAUGCUGGCCAUCGUCGCAGCUGCUGGAGGAGACAAGGGCUCCAUCCUCAAGACGACUGUCUUUGUCAAGGACAUCGGUCUGUUUGGCAGGAUCAACGCCGUCUACGAGCAGAUCCUCUCGCCCUACAAGCCCGCCCGUUCGCUGGUUGAGGCUGCCAGGCUACCAAGAGACGUCAACUUUGAGAUUGAGUGCAUCGCUGCUGUCAAGGCCUGAUUGGCCCCUGUAGCCGCUCUCCCUCUUCUUUUCUUCCCUCCCCUUCUUAUCGCCCAAGAAGUGGUACCGGCGAUAUCCGCGUCGGGGUGGAAUCAAAACUCAGCCUCGGCUCUGACGCCUGGCUUGUCUCCGCCAAGAGUGACACCGAGGGCUGAUUAUCAUUAUCGUGAAU